CCUCCUCCUGUCAAUCAAUUUGUCAAUUUCAACGCUGUUGCUGUUCAAUAGUUUUGUAAGGAAUCGCAUCAAUUAAACAAAUAUUUAGAAAAUACUAUUUUAUUAAGAAAAUAAUGGACAGUGAGCACAAACUGUCGCAUAAAGCCAAAAAGCGUAUCAAGGAAGUAAAGAGGAAAGCGAGACCCGAAUUAGCAGACAAGUACCAAUGGACAGCCUUGAAGUAUGCAACAAACUUUGACGAAUUCCUCAAAUGCAAUGACAAUGUUGACAGAAUCAGUGAAAAUGAGGUGACACCUGAAGAAUUUAUAGAGAAAUAUGAAAAAAUUUACAAACCUGUAGUUAUAACCAAUGUACAGACUAAUUGGAAGGCAAAUCACAAAUGGACUUUAGAUAGACUUGCCAAAAAGUAUAGGAACCAGAAGUUUAAGUGUGGUGAAGACAAUGAGGGUUACAGUGUUAAGAUGAAAAUGAAGUAUUAUGUAGAGUACAUGAGGACUACGACUGAUGACAGUCCGCUUUAUAUUUUUGAUAGCAGUUUUGGUGAGCAUGUGAGGAGAAAGAAACUUUUGGAAGAUUAUGAAGCCCCCUUGUAUUUCAGGGAUGACUUGUUUAAGUACUGCGGUGAGGAAAGGAGACCUCCUUAUCGUUGGUUUGUGAUGGGACCACAGCGUUCUGGUACUGGUAUCCAUAUAGACCCUCUUGGAACCAGUGCUUGGAAUGCUCUGGUUUUUGGUCAUAAAAGAUGGUGCUUAUUCCCUACCCAGACCCCUAGAGAACUGAUCAAGGUGACUGGAGCUAUGGGUGGGAAACAAAGAGACGAAGCUGUCACAUGGUUCAAACUUAUUUAUCCUAAGACACAGUUAGAAACAUGGCCCAAAGAAUUUAAACCUGUGGAGAUUCUUCAGAAGCCGGGUGAAACCGUGUUCGUACCGGGAGGCUGGUGGCACGUGGUCCUCAACCUAGACGACACGGUGGCUGUCACUCAAAACUUCUGCAGCCGCACGAACUUCCCGAUUGUCUGGCACAAAACCGUUCGCGGCCGCCCGAAACUGUCCAAAAAGUGGAUCAAAGUAUUGGAGACCAAAGAACCUGACUUGUAUAAGAUAGCUAGUGGCAUGGACUUGAGUCAAGGCACUGGCGUGGCUUCAGACAGCUCAUCGAAUAGCAGCUCGUCGAGCAGCGACAGCGACAGCAGCUCCUCAGACAGCUCGGAAGAAGACAGUGGUCAGGAAAGCAUUACUGCCCACAAGAAAAAGAGACGAAGAAAAAUGUAGAAGGACCAAAGCGCCUUAUAUCUUGCAUAGGUAAUCAUGAAUACCAAUAUUCAUAAAGAGGUAAUAUCAAAUAGAAAUUUAUAUCAUAAGUGUAAGCCUGUUUUGUAUUACUAGACAUAACGACUAAUAAAAAAUUUUUACUUGUUGUUUUCAUAGUGAACAGUAUAUUUCUUUUGUUAAUUUGACAACACAAUUCUUUAUGAAUAAAGUAUUAUCGUAUA